CUUGAAAUACAAACCUGCAGUAACAAUAACAAUGGCCGGUUUCGUUGCGGUGCACACAGGCGCUGGAAACUGCAUUGACGAAACCAAAUAUCAGCGCGUCAUCAAGGAGGCCUGCAUCCGGGCCACCGACAUACUACGAAAUGGUGGCAAUGCUGUCGAUGCUUGCGAGGCUGCUAUCAUGAGGCUAGAGAAUUGUGGCUAUACCAAUGCUGGCUAUGGCUCCAAUCUCUGUAUGGACGGGACGGUCCAGUGCGAUGCAUCCAUUAUGAAUGGAACAACUUUAAAUUUUGGCGCCUGUACAAAUGUUAGUUGUGUUAAGAAUCCCAUACAGCUGGCACGUCGCAUUUGUGAUAACCAAUCGAAUCCCCAGCUUAUGGAGCGUAUACCGCCCAUGAUUCUGGCUGGCAGUGGAGCCGAACGUUAUGCUGAGGAAAUGGGCUGCACUAUGAUAGAGCCCACCGUGCUGAUCUCAUCGAAAGCGAAAUUCCUAUAUCAUCAUUAUAAAAGUAAAUACGAACUAGUUGCUGGCAAUCGCAGCAACAAAAAUGCCUCUGUCGACGAGGAGGAGGAGGAUGAGGAGGCAGAACAGGAGAAUCAAGAUUCCAUUAUGCCUGUGCCCGAUCCGGGUAAUGAGGUUGAACUCUCUGCCGCCCUAGACACAGUGGGCGCGGUGUGCGUUGAUGCUUCUGGCCGGACAGCAGCUGGCUGCAGUUCUGGCGGCAUACUAUUAAAAGUCCCAGGACGUGUGGGUCAAGCGGCAACCUAUGGUGCCGGUUGUUGGGCCACCGAUACCGAUGAUCUAUCCAUUGCUACAUGUACCACAGGCAAUGGUGAGUAUCUAAUGAAAACUCUGCUGGCCAAAGAGAUAUGCAAUGGAGCAUUUACCAGCGAUUGUGCGGUCACCAGUCUGCAUAAAACAUUCAAGCAAAAGUUUCUUGAUUCACCAUUGUUGCCGCAGCAGCAGGAUCUUUAUGCCGGCGCCUUGACAUUGCUCUACUAUCCGAAACAGGGCAGCGGCGAGGUGAUGUGGAGCCAUACAACGCAAUCAUUUUGCGUCGGAUACAUGGCGACAACGCAGAAAGUGCCAAAGUUUGUAUUCUCGCCACUGCCCACAUAUAGUGUCCCGGGACGGUCGUGCGUCGUUAAUGGUCACAAUUUCCCUCUGCGCAUUUAAUUAUGGAUAGGCCAAAAUAUAGUCAGCCAACUAGCCAGACGUUGGCACUCGAGUCAAGUCAGACAUUCAGUCAUCCAUCCAAGCAUUCGACCAAUCAUCAAUCCUUCACCUCAUCGUCGUCGUCGUCAUUCACAAAGACUCGGCAUUUGCAGCAAGCUAGUUUUUUUUUUUUUUUUUUGUAUUUUUUCUGCAAUUCAUUUGAUUUAAUGUUUAAUUGCCGCAACAAUCGCUGCCAAUGAAAAAGAAGCAGCAGCAGCAACAACAACAUCAAUCAGGAGCAAAUAGCCAUAGAUUUUAUCUUGCUUUUGUCUCUCUGCAUGAAAAUUAUUAAGAAUCAUUAAAUGAAAACUUUUCAUUGUAUAUACUAUUAAGCUACAUAUAUAUCUAAAUAUCAUAGACACACCCACACCGUUUCCCCACCCCUCUUUGUUAUGGUGUGUACUACUAGCAAUGAAAUAAGAUUUCAAAUAUCAUUUUAAUUUCUCCUCGUUGAACUUAAGCUGAAGCGAAACACAACUGCUCGCUAUAUAAAUCAGGCAAAAACAAACGCCCAGUGAGUGUAACCCAAAAAUAUCAUAUUCAACUAAAAUAUGUUUGUAUCCAUAUUCUCAAUAUAUAUAUAUGUACGUAUUAUAUGUAUAUGUAUGUGUGUACACAGUUUUCGACAGUCUGACGUAUGUGUGCAUAUGUUUGGUUUAUGUCCGAGUCUUUAUGGGGCCAUCACCCAUGUACAGAACCUAACCCAUUAAUCUCGACGACAUUAGAAUGAAUCUACGAACGUUUUAUGCUCAAAUCAUUAACAAGGCCUUUCUUUAUUUCUAAAUUUCUAAUUUCCAUCAUCACUUAAUAGUAUCGACUAGAUUGUGUGAGCAACUGAAAUGCUUUUUUACAUUUAAUUUAGAUUUAACUCAUUAAUUUAACUAUUAAGCUAAUAAUAGUUCGGACAAGUGUUUGUUCCAAAAAACAAAAAAAAAAAAAAAAACAACAAACAAACAGAAGAAAACACACAUAUUCAGUCGAUCCAUAAAAUUUAGUCUUAGCUAUAAUUUCUCAUAUUCAUACUAUGUACAUAAUAUGUAGUGUAUAUUGUAUUUUGUUGUACGACUGUCGACAACCUUGACAGAGAUUAACAAAACAAAAAAUAAACAAAAAUCUAGUAAUUAAAGAUCAACGCAAAAUUGUUGACAAUAAAAACAA